UUCUGUUGCCCAGCAGCUGAUGCAGAGCAGAAGCCUUCAUCUCCAGACUCCUCACCAAGGGAGGUAUAGUUGGCAAUUCUUCUGGUACUAUGACCUGGGAGGAAUGUCUCUCUCUGGAAGCAUCCAAAGAAACAGGAGUGACGAUCCCAGCGGUUCCACAAGCAAGAAAGCCGGGUGUGAAACGGAGGAUCCGAAGGAGGCCGGCAGACAGAGUGGCCAGGAAGGCAGGUCCGACACCCUGACGCUAAAAGCCCAGCAUGAGGAGCUCCAAGAAGAGCAGGCAGCGGGGUGUUCCCCUCUGGUGCAGAAGGCGAGCCUCCACCACACGGGCUCCCCAGUGAGAGUGCAGCGCAGCAAAGGGACGGCCUCGUGUUCCCAUGCAGCUGCCUCCGAUUAUGAGCUCUCCCUUGACCUAAAGAAUAAACAGAUCGAAAUGUUAGAGCACAAAUACGGAGGUCACCUGGUAUCUCGCAGGGCAGCCUGCACCAUCCAGACUGCUUUCCGGCAGUACCAGCUCAGCAAGAACUUUGAGAAGAUCCGCAACUCACUGCUGGAGAGCCGCAUGCCACGUCGCAUCUCACUGAGAAAAGUCCGGGUCCAGAACUCGGAGAGCUUCUCCGCUGAGAAAGCCCUGGUGGAGGGGUACAACUUUGUGGGCAUCCCAUUGGUGAGGUCCCCGUCUUUGCCAGCUACCAUCAGUGGAGCACUGACCGAGCUGGAGGACUCCUUCACGGAACAAGUUCAGUCACUGGCCAAGUCUAUUGAUGAUGCCCUCAGCACCUGGAGCCUGAAGACCAUGUGCUCACUGCAAGAUGGGGGCUCAUACCAGAUAAGGGAGACCUUCAGUGCCAGCUCAAUGCAGCCAAACCAAGACUUAGAAGCUGAGCUGCAGGAGAAGGAGAAGGAGGAAGGGCUCCUGCCAGAUACCCUACCCAAGAGCAGCAGCACUCUUAUGAUGGCUUUUCGAGAUGUCACAGUCCAGAUUGACAACAAGAACAUCUCUGUCUCAUCGUCUACCUCGGUGUCCAUGGCAAACUGCCUCAGCAGCAAUGGUCAGGCUGGGCUCUCUCAAGCUGCCAAGGCUGAAGAAAGCCCAGGAGAAGGGGAGGCAGAAGCCAGUGAACCACCGGCUGCCCCAGAGAGCUCACCUGAGUCUGGAGCUCUCCAGAACAGCCACACUCUCACUGAGGUGAAUGUCAGUACUAAUGGCACAGGAGACAGCAGUGCUGAGCCUGGGCAGAUGACAGUGCAGAAGCUCCAGUUGGAUGCUAGCAACGAGAUGGGGCAAAGCAAAGGCUCCGAGUCUGAGAAUGCAGACAAUUCAGAGCAGCUGAGCAGCAGCAGCACUUCCACUUCAGCCAAGUCAGCCUCUGAGGUGUCCUCAAAAGAAGCACUGCAGGCCAUGAUCCUCAGCCUCCCAAGGUACCACUGCGAGAAUCCAGCCAGCUGCAAGUCCCCCACACUUUCCACAGACACCAUGAGGAAGCGUCUCUACCGCAUUGGGCUGAACCUCUUUAAUAUAAACCCAGACAAAGGGAUCCAGUUCCUGAUCUCCCGAGGCUUCAUCCCGGACACCCCCAUUGGCGUGGCACACUUCCUGCUCCAGCGGAAGGGCCUCAGCCGCCAGAUGAUUGGGGAGUUCCUGGGCAACAGCAAGAAGCAGUUCAACAGGGACGUCCUGGACUGUGUGGUGGACGAGAUGGACUUCUCAGGCAUGGAGCUGGACGAAGCCCUGCGGAAAUUCCAGGCCCACAUCCGCGUGCAGGGGGAGGCGCAGAAGGUCGAGCGGCUCAUUGAGGCUUUCAGCCAGAGGUACUGCAUGUGUAACCCAGAUGUGGUCCAGCAGUUUCACAACCCGGACACCAUCUUCAUCUUGGCCUUUGCAAUCAUCCUCCUCAAUACGGACAUGUACAGCCCCAACAUCAAGCCUGACAGGAAGAUGAUGCUGGAGGACUUCAUUCGCAAUCUGAGAGGGGUAGACGACGGUGCUGACAUCCCACGGGAGCUGGUGGUGGGGAUCUAUGAGAGAAUCCAGCAGAAAGAGCUAAAAUCCAAUGAGGACCACGUGACUUAUGUCACCAAAGUGGAGAAGUCCAUAGUUGGAAUGAAAACGGUUCUGUCCGUGCCCCAUCGCCGGCUGGUCUGCUGCAGCCGCUUGUACGAAGUGACUGAUGUGAACAAAGUGCAGAAGCAGGCAGCUCACCAGAGGGAAGUUUUUCUCUUCAAUGACCUGCUGGUGAUCCUCAAGCUUUGCCCCAAGAAGAAAAGCUCCUCAACGUACACAUUUUGCAAGUCGGUCGGCCUGCUAGGGAUGCAGUUCCAUCUCUUUGAGAAUGAAUACUACCCCCAUGGCAUCACACUGGUGACUCCAGUUUCAGGCUCAGAGAAGAAACAGGUACUACACUUCUGUGCUCUGGGCGCCGAGGAAAUGCAGAAGUUUGUGGAAGAUCUGAAAGAGUCAAUAGCAGAAGUGACAGAGCUGGAGCAGAUACGAAUCGAAUGGGAGCUGGAGAAACAGCAAGGGGCAAAGACUCUCUCAUUAAGGACCAAUGGAGCCCAGAUGGAACUGCAGUCCAAGCAAGGCUCUCCAACAGGCAAGAAGGAUUUGGGGGAGAAGGUCUCGGACAGCACAGUGGAGGUGUCAAUUCACAACAGGCUUCAAACGUACCAGCACAACUCCGCCCUGGGGCCCGAGAGUGGAAUGCAGCCCAGCAUGCGUCUUAACGUGGUGCCACGGGAGCGGCUGGAGACAGCACUGGUGCCCUCGCACCCCGCCUCGGCGGGGACACUUGUACAGUGCCAGCAGAUUGUCAAAGUCAUUGUCUUGGACAAGCCGUGCCUCGCUCGGAUGGAGCCGGCCCUCAACCAGACUCUGACGCGCUACGUCACCUCCGAUUCCUGCACCUCCACCCCUUGGCGUGGUGUGGGCACUGGGCUCCCUGGGACCCCCAUGAAGCUGGUCCAUCAGCCUCCCCUUCCACCUCCACCACCUCCCUACAACCACCCCCACCAGUAUUGUCCCCCUAGCUCCCUGCUUCAGAGGCGCAGGUACUCCAGUGGCUCACGCAGCCUCGUGUAGCCACACCACCAGCACCAAAACAGCACAGACUUCCCCGCUUCCCUUCCCUCCCACCUCCCGGGGACCCUUUCUGCCUACAGAGAUCUAGUUUGUGAUUUAUUUUUUAAGUAAAAGAAGAAGGAAAAAAAAAAAAAAAAAAA